AUUCCUAGUUUGAGCUUUAUUAAAAAUCUAAAAAUGGCUGAACUCGAUAUCGUUGUCUAUGAGGCAAAAUUGUCUGAGCAAAUGGAAAGAUUUGAUGAUAUGGUGAAAUGCAUGAAGAAAGUUGCUGAAGUUGGUCGCCCUCUCACUGUUGAAGAAAGAAAUCUUCUCUCUGUUGCUUACAAGAAUGUUAUUGGUGCUAGAAGAGCUUCUUGGAGAAUACUUUCCAGCAUAGAGUCAAAGUUAAAAGACAGUGAAACUGUCGACAAUGAAAAGUUGUCCAUUCUGCAAGAAUAUCGUAGUGUUAUAGAAGAGGAAUUGAGCAGCACUUGUCGUGAAAUAAUGGAUCUAAUUGAUGAGCAUUUAUUUCCGAAUUCAGCAGAUGACGAGUCUAAAGUAUUCUAUCUGAAGAUGAAAGGAGAUUAUCAGAGGUAUAUCGCUGAAUAUCAAUCGGGAGAUAACAGAGGGAAAGCUGCAGAAAAAAGCUUGAAGGCAUAUGACGAAGCUAGAGAAUUGGCAAAGAAAAGUUUGCGUUCUACGGAUCCUAUUCGCUUAGGACUGGCUCUCAACUUCUCUGUUUUCUACUAUGAGAUCCUAAAUCAGCCUACAGAGGCAUGCGAACUCGCAAGAACAGCUUUUGAUAGUGCGAUUGCAGAAUUGGACACCUUGAGUGAGGCAUCAUACAAGGAUUCAACACUGAUCAUGCAGCUACUGAGGGACAACUUGACCCUUUGGACAUCGGACAUGGCAGGAGAUGACGCAUGUGAUCAAACAGAAGAUGUCGUCUUGCAGGACGUGGAAUCCAAUGAUGCCAAAGAUUAAGAAUUUUUUGAAUAUGUAUAAGCAUCUACAGUAACAAUUGAAUGAAUAGUAUAAAACUGACUGACUGGAUAAUUGGAAUUUGCAAAAUGUAACUUUAGUAUGUAAUAUUGUGACUUGAUCAACUUGUUAUGUAUGGCAACCGUCAUUUGCACAUCUCAAUAUCUAAAUUAGCACUGAAAAUAAUUGUUUGGUUUGUAAUGAAGUAGCCAGUUAGCAAUCCCACAGCUUAUAGAAAAUAGAUAGGCUAAUAAAGAAACAAUGAAAACAUGUUAAUAAUAUAAAGAACUUGACAAUAUGCUUGGAAUAUUUAGUUGAUGUCUGUAUUGCUGAAUACUUGGUUUCAAUUCAAUGCUAUUUCAUUUUUUUUAAUAAAUAUGUUCAAUGUAAUUUUUUACAUGUAAAAUGUCAUUUUUAAAACUACGAAUGAUUCUAUUUGGAUAUUUCGAUGUUAUAUGACACUCUUGAGGACUUUCCAAUGUGACAUUCACUGACUAAUCGUAACAUAUGUGAGUAUACUUUCCAAAAAUCGUUGACCAAACUUAUCCUUCUCUUUGAGAGAUUUUUUCCGCCUAGUGAUGAAAUUAGUCUUUAUAUUUUUGUUCAAUAAGACUAUUGUACUAAACUUCAAAAAUUUGUCAUACGGUUCCACUAUGGUUACUACUGAUGUAUAGUAAAUAUUUGAAAAGACUGAAUCAGCUAAGUAUUAGUUGUGGAUGGCCAACAUAUUUUCUACCGCGAUCGACUAAAAUAUUCAAAAUAGCUCGCGAUCGACUGAUCGGUAAUAAUGUCACACACAAAAACAAAUGCAGAUAAUUGUACACAUGCAUACAAAAAAUUCCGCUCUCGCCAAUAAGUUGCGCACGUACAGUGCUUUAUUCAUCCCAUUUUAAAACACACAAUAGGCACUGCAUGAAACUGGUACAAGUAAAUUCAUGUCAUCAUAAAUUUUUUCCAUGAUUAUUACUUGAUUCGUAAUAAAUUUGAUAUUUCAAUUUUAAAUGAUCUCUGGAAAUUAUCGCAGUACAGAAUAUUAGGUAGCUGUUUUAUACUUGUAACAAUUUUGAUGUUUGGUAGAUGUUUUUUGAAAGCCCAAUACAAAGUAAUGGUAGUUUUACAUCUGUACCUGACAUUAUUAUUUGAUGUAUCGUUUUGCUGCUUCAGUUUCGUAGCUUGCUUUUGUGGAUUUGCUUAUACACAGUGAAAAAAAAGCCAAAAAAAAUAAUCCCAACUGUAAUUUGUUCAGUUUUCUAUAAAGGAACGAUUACCGUAUUUACAUCCUAAGAAAUGUGAUCGCUAUUAUGUUCAUGUAUAUUGUCAAAUUUUUGAAAGGAAUUCCAAUUUCUUGUGGGAAAUUUUGUACUGCAACAUUAGUUCAUUUUUUAUUGAAUUUCUUAAAUUGCUAUCAAUUCUUAGAGAAAGUGUUGAAAAUGGCAUAAUACCAAAUAUCAUUGUAUCAUAAUAGGACAUUAUAUGCUUGCUGAAUUCUGUUUUUGUUCCUGAUUUUAUAUGUUAAUUUGAGUCACGAUAUGAGAUCUUCACUAACUACUAUAGUUCUGUAAUUUGAAAAGUUCUUUAAUUUUUAAAUAUAUUCCACUUUCUAACAUAAUUGAUGUUCAUUCCAAUUAAUGUCAGUACAAGGAAAACAAGUCAUUGUAUUAAACCACUCCUAAUAAUGUAUGUUAAAUUCACAGAAGUAUUCGGUGAAUGUUGGCGAAUAUAACUUCUAUUUCUUUCAAAUCCCUCUGCUAAAAUACUCAGUAAUGCCACUAUAAUAUCUUUUAAUGAUUGUCUUGGGGUUUUUUCAAUUAUGAGAAUAGCAAUUAUAUCGACCGAUACUACACUCCCGUGGGUCUUGGAAUUCAACAAUUUUUCCAUUGAAAUUUUCUCCAUCUACAACAGCAGAUAGACUACCCUUAUUAAUGGCUCCUGAGCUCAUUUUUGAGUAAUAAUGCGUCAACAUAAUUCCGUCUGAACCCCAGGGAAUGAAGGCUGUUCAUCUUAUUGUAUUUUUGCAAAUCUUAAAAGUUAUAAGUGCUCGUGUAUAGCCAAUGUUGAUUGGGUUAUGAAUUUUAUCAUUACACU